AUGAGGGCAUGGUCUCGAUUUUUCACAGCCAUUCUGAUUCUAGGAGGCUUCCUCUUCAUCAGAACAUACUUGAACCACUUGCUAGAAGUGGAGGGGCAACUCCAUGACUACAGAUCUGAGCUAUCCGUCAGUAUCGGAGAUUAUGUCUUGCCAAAAGCGCAUGGGGUGGUUGGCCUGGAUGCAACGUUUGCACCGAAUUACAGGCACUUGCAAGCGACUGCUGCGACCCAGCACGAGAUGUCGGCUACUCUUGUCAGUCCGGAUUGCAUAGAUCGAAUCGUCGUCAUGGGUAAGAUCAACGACGAGGAUACAUCUUGGGUGAGGAAGCUUCCAAGGUGGAAGAACGCAGUCUAUUCAGUCGACAACGACACCUGGCCUUUGCAUACCUCGACGAAUAAAGGGCGUGAGGCGAACGUGUAUCUCACCUAUCUUGUGGAGAACUACGAGAAGCUCCCCAUGAUCAUCGCAUUUGUGCAUCCCCACGAACGCGGUUACCCACAAGCAUGGCAUACAGAUGCAGAAUCGCAUUCCAAUGUUGAGAGCUUAUCGUCUCUCAAUACCAGCUUUGUCCUGAGCAACGGCUAUGCCAACCUCCGAUGCAUCGCCAUCCCUGGAUGUCCAGACGAGAUUCAACCGUUCCGGGAGGAACAUGGAGAUGGUCGGAGCGCAGAACAUGCGUUCGUCGAUGCAUGGAAUCAGAUAUUCGGAAACAAUGACGUGCCAAAGGUGGUGGGGAUUCCAUGCUGUGCUCAGUUCGCGGUCUCGCGAGACCAGGUGCACAAGCGGCCCUUGGAGUUCUACGUCGGUGCCUUGAGAUGGUUGCACGACACACCUCUUGAUGAUGCCACAAGUGGACGUGUGUAUGAAUAUCUGUGGCAUAUUAUCUUUGGGCAGGACCCAGUGUAG